AUGGCAGCCUCCAAUGUCCGUCCGCUGGCCAUAUUCACCGGCUACAUGGUCCUAGCCGCCGUGCUCACUGCAAAGUCUAUCGGUAUUAUUCGCAAUCAAUGGCGCGCCUCGCUUUCGCGAAAUGGGGCAGUCGCUGCGCCAGCCCACCGUCGCGCUCUUGUUGUGUUCAGCGCGCUCGCGGCCUUGAGCCUCGCAACGACCUGGUAUCACAUGUCUCGCUUCUUCGAGUGGUCAUAUGGCCAAUGGAUAACGACACAAGCAUUGGCUAGCCUCGACUCCACCGAACUGAGGCUCGGCGAGUGGCUGCACGACACCUCUCUAUUCAAGCAAGCUUGGGCGUCAACCCUUGAGACUGGCCCGAGGGCCUGGUGGUCGUUGCAAAUAUUUGGGUUUUGCGCUAACUGGAACGCCAUACUUGCGGCUCAAGGUGCAUCAUUAGCUCAGAGAAGAUGUAACUCACAUGCUUGGAUAUUCGUACUGCUUGGUCAAGUUGUUGCUAUCUCCUUUGCGGCAAAUUUGUCUUUCCUCGCAAUACUUUGCAGCGAAAUCCCAGAACGAACAAUCAAUGACGGGAAAAGGUAUGGCUAG